GGUGCCACCAACCUGCUGUGAACUACAGACGGGUUAGCAAGUCGUACAUUUCCGAGUUUCCUAUAUCCAACUAGCACUUGAACAAGACAACUCCCGGGGGAAAAAAGAAGACUGGUAAAAAUAGUUUUCAACGGUCAUCCAACUCGGAAUUUCAAGUCGGGAAAUCGGGCCUCUUUCUAGAGUUUCAACUUUCCGACCUGAAGAUCCCUGAUGUCAUGAUUUGACUUCGCUUUUUUUGAGUCGCAUGGCAACAGCCCACUGACCCCAUCACCAGCACACACACUGGGCUCACAAAUCGCUCGCGGGCGUCCUGCGGUAACUAUCUAGUCUGAAAAUAACAGUUCCAAUGGAGAUUAGCACAACGGUACAAGAAAGGCCCGCCCAAGCCUAUGGACAAAUGAUGCUUUUUACCGGUCCAGAUGGAAUUGGGGACUACAGGGCAAGAUUGAUCGACUUUCCCCGCUACAUUGGGGUUGGCCCUUUGUCACCUAUGGGUACAAGCGAUUUGAUUUACCUGUGCCGGCCUGCUUACUGCACCCCACCCCCCAUGCCCAAACAGUGCUACAUUGGAGGGGUGGGAUGGGGCAUGCAAUAUCACCAGCUCCUGAACAGCAGGACGCUGCUCAGCAGUAUGCAAAUUAAGAGAGCUGAAUUCCGCUCCGCCCUUGAGGACAGAGUCACCCACAGAUAUCAAAACCCAUGGCACGCACCGCCCCACUUUCUAGAUAAGCAAUCUGUCGGAGCCCGCAGCAAACUUGCAUGGGCACACAACAAGUAUGACAAUUACAGCCAGGACAACAACAUAUAUUUUCUUCUCAACAAGAGAUCUACUCGUUCAGAGAAAAGCUGCAGGUGCCUUACAAAAUGAGUUUCCCUGAAAUAAUUUGGGUGAAGAACGGAAGAUGAUUCAAUGUUGUCCUGAAGACCUGACCAAGUG